CUGUGGUAUCACGUACUAUUUUUCUGUACGGCAACGCCUCCAAGAAGAAGGGACUCUGAGGACAGUGAUGAAGUACCAGUUCUCAAUUUUCGUCCUUUUGGAAGUGCACCUAAAGUGUUUUUUAAAAAUGUUGCGAUUGGAGAAAGAGUUUCAAAGACGCUUCUUUUGCGAAACCCGCAAACCGAAGCACUGGAGGUUGAAUUAUUGAAGCUACCUCCACCUGAUAGUGGUGUAGAGUUUAGCUGUAAAAAAUGGCAAAUCAAUCCUCAUCAAGAAACCACUCUUGAAAUAAUUUGGCAGCCAACAAAAGAAGGAAAAUCAAUACACUCAAUACAUCUGAAGACAAAUACAAACGCUCGGUUUUUCUUUAGUAUUGUGUGUGUUAGCAUAUCAAAGAAGCCUCUGAAGAAAAAAGGUAAAAUAUCUCAAGUGACGAGUUCAAAUCAACGUGUAAUUUUGAGAAGUAAUCAAAGUUUUAAAAAAGAACAAUCAAUAGUUAAAAAGACUUCUUUGAGUAGAGUAUCAGUGUCUUCAAAAACUAAAGUUCUUUCUAAAGAGAAUAUAUAUUGUAGUUCAGCAAAGACUGACAUAAAUUUGACUAAGGUAUCCAUGUCAAGUAAGACAUCUUUCAAAAGUGAAGUUGGAAAUACAGUACCUUGUGAAGAUGAUUUGAAAAAUUGUAGUUCAGAGACAUAUGAUGUGAUCAGUCCUGGUCGAAAUUUGUCUUUAGAGCUCAAUGAAGCUGCAAGUGCGUCAGUUUCCACAUUUGGUUCUACUAAGGUCCAUUGUGUGAAGAAAGAAUUAAACAUGUUUGCUGACAUGGUUCUUAGUCCCAUUCUGCCGUCACAGUCAUUCAAACCUCGAGAAGGUUCAGCACGUGAAACAUAUGUUUUAUCAACACCUCUUGCAAGUGUGUCAGAAGUUGACAAAAUAUCUUUUUUGAAGCCUGGAUUGAAAGUAUCCACAGUAGAAAUAGACCUUUCAUGUGACAAUAGUUCGUUCAAAGAUUCUUCAGUUUUCAAGGAUAGAAUAGAGCACAAAAUGUUGAAUACACCUUUAUCAGCAUCUUCUCAAAUAAACUGUAACAUAUCUAGUGUUAAAAAAGAGGUCCCAGAGUUUCUGAAUUUUAAUUUUUCUCCUAUAAAAGAAAACACUGAAAUCAAUAUAUCUGGCAUUUCUGAAAUAGGAGAAAGAACUAAUCAGCAUAGUUAUAAUAAGGCUACAUUGGAAAUAUCUGUCCCACCUUUUACACCAUUGCAAAUAAAUAAACACAGCAGUGGUUCUGCUAUUGCUGAGAAGACCUUGAAGAAUACAGACAUUAUGGACAUAUCUGGCAUAUCAGAUAUUGAUGGACUAUUAAAUCAGCCUCCUAACUGUGCAAAUACAUUUGAAAUAUCGCUCCCACCUUUUACACCAUUGCAGGUGAAUAAAGAUGGUUGGGUUUCAUCUAACCAUGAGAAGCCUUUCAAGAAUUUGGAUUCAGACAUUGACGUAUCUGGCAUAUCUGAUAUUGAUGAACUAAUAAACCAACCUCCUAUUAGUACAAAUACUUUCGAAGUAUCUCUCCCACCUUUUACACCUUUGGAAAUAAAUAAACAUAGCGAAAUUUCUUCUAAUGCUGGGAAGACGUCAAAGAAUUGCAGAAAUUUAAAAGCUGAUUUUUCUAUUGAGAGAAUUAAAAAGGCAGAAAUGUUAACUCCUCGUAUAUCAGCACACAAUUUUGAAAUAACUCCAUUAGUUAGCAAGGGAUUUUCAAGAGAUGACCCUUCUAGGAUUUUACGUUCAGAAAACUUGCAAGAACCAAUCGAAAGAACAGAAGUUGUAGCUGACUGUCCUAAUAAAUUUGUGCAACCAAAUGUAAUAGAUGACUCCAUUGAAUUUAAAACUUGUGAUCUGUACUCUUCUUCAACAAAGAGAGUUAGAGGAUCAGACUCAACUCAAGUGAUGCCUCUGAAAAAGAAAUCUGAAAUGCCUGUUUCCUCAUUUGUUCAACUUGCUCCAAGUUCAAUUGAAACAAAUUAUCUAAUGUUUUCUCCGCCACAAAGAAUUCCCAGCUCCAGAAAAGAAAAUAUACCUCCUCAAAUUAAAAACUCUACAACUUUCAGAAAACCAUUGAAUGAAAACGUACCUUUGAGUGUGAACAAAGCAAGCUCUCGUGAACCAAAAACAACCCAGGUGAGAAAGGUGAAGAAAGAUAUUACUCAUGCUAUCCCAAAGCUUAUCUUGAGUGCGAAAAAGAGGACUGUGGAAAAGACCGUUACUCUAAUGGAUACUGAGAAGAUUUUGGCUGAGCAUGCUAAUCCAUCCUAUUGUAUUACAGCUACAAAUGUAAAUCCAUUUAUUAAUAGUGCAGUAUUCUGCGAUCAACGUUGGUUUGAUGAAAGGGAAAAGGAAUUUGUUCGCUGGCUAAAUGUGCUGCUUACACCUCCGGAGCAGCUCAAUAGCUCAGACGAGUUACCGAAAGUGGAUGUUGCUGACCUCUGGAAGAAGUCUUGUAAUUCUGAGUUAUCACUUGCUCCGAGUCGAGAGACUGUUUCUUCUCGCUACCUUGUUAACCACAGACUUGAUUCAGUGCGCCGGAAAGCAUGUGCUAUGUUUCGUUUGCCUUGUGUUGCACAAGUGUUGUCAAAAGUUAUUGUACAGAUUGAAAAAGGAAUAUUAAGUGUUCGUAAAGACAGAAAUAUUGUUCGUGAUAUUAGUUUGAAAACAACUGCUGUCGAGCUCUUGCUAUGUUACAACCCUCUAUGGUUGAGAAUUGGAUUGGAAGCAAUAAUGGGAAGAACUAUUCCAUUAGAAUCAAAUUCGGAUAGAGUAGGAUUAAUUGGGUUUAUUGCCAGAAACAUUCUCUCAGAUCCUUAUUUAGUUGAACGUUAUGCUUACACUGGAGUAACCAACAUGUUUAAACCAGGAUUUGAAGAAGCUAUGAAGAAACAUAUCUUAAAGAAAUUUUUACUCUUAGUGUUUUUUCUAGACUAUGCGAAGGAGAAUAAACUAAUUUUCCACAACCCUUGUCUCUUCUGUAAAAAUGCUCAAUACAAGGAAAGCCGUGAUUUGCUUCUGGCCUUUGCAAGAGAGUUAUUAUCUGGUAUUGGUGAUAUUACUAAACACCUUCGAAAUUUGGGUUACAUUGUUAAACACAAGCAAACUUAUCUUGAUGAGUUUAAUUAUGCUGUUAGACAUCUGGGAUCUGAUUUACGGGAUGGCAUUAGAUUGACUAAAGUGACAGAAAUUAUUUUGCAAGAAUCCCUGUCUACAUCCCUGCGCACUCCUGCAAUAUCUAAACUUCAGAAAAUGCAUAAUGUUAAAUUGGCCCUGACUGCUUUGAGUAAGGCAGGCCAUGUUGUAGAAGGGGAUAUAACUGCAAAAGACAUAGUAGAAGGACAUAGAGAAAAGACUAUGUCAUUAUUGUGGCAAAUAAUUUACAAAUUUCAGCUUUCACGUUUUGUUAGUGCUGCAAACACAAUUCAGAAUUGGUAUAGAUCUUUGCACAUUUGCAUUUCAAGAAGAAUUUGGAUCAGAAAAGAUGCCACAAGAAGAAAAGUUAUUGAAGAUAGAGCUAGCAUAAUGAUUCAAAAACAUUGGCGAGGCUACAUAGCUCGCAAGCAGUAUAAAGUUAGCAUUUCCAGUGUUUACAAGAUUCAGAAAUGGUACAAAUCUUUAAUGAUGGUGAGGGAACAGCAGAGAGAAUAUCUCAAAAUGAGAAGUGCUGUUAUCAAAAUACAGAAAAGAUUCAGAGAUAAGUUCUACAAGAAGAAACUAGUUGUUGUUUUAAAGAUUCAGCGAUGGUAUCGUGCUUGCUUAGCAAUGAAAAAACAAAGAUUACUUUACACCAGCCAACAAACAGCGGCUCGAAAAAUCCAAAUCUUUUAUAGAAGUAGAAAGAUGAUCCAGCAACAUCAAAAAGUGUUUAAAGAGAAAAGAAAUGCUGUAUUAAAGAUUCAACAAUGGUAUCGUGCUUGUAAGGCAAUGAGAGUACAGAGAAUGGUAUACAUGAAACAAUUAAGUGCUGCCCAAACAAUUCAGCUGUACUUCAGAAAUAGAAAGAAGAUGCAGGAACAUCAGAAAGCUUUUAUUGAGAAAAGGAUUGCCAUUAUCAAAAUUCAGCAAUGGUAUCGUGCUUGUUUAUCAAUGAGAGACCAAAGACUGAUGUAUAUUAAACAACAAAUUGCUGUCCAAAAAAUCCAAGUGUUCUAUAGAAGUGGAAAGUUGAUGCAGAAACUUAGAAAAGCUUUCAAGCAAAAGCGAGAUGCUGUUUUAAAGAUACAGCAAUGGUUUCGAGCUUGCCUAGCAAUGAGAGAACAAAGAACGUGGUACAUCCAGCAGCGAACUGCUGCCCAAAAGAUUCAGGCUUUUUAUAGAAGAUGGAAACUGAUGCAACAGCAUUGUCAAACCUUUCAGAAGAAAAGAAAUGCAGUUUUGAAGAUUCAGCAAUGGUAUCGUGCUUGUGUGGCGAUGAGAAUCCAAAGAUCGAUGUAUGUCAAACAACGAAUAGCGGUGCAAAAAAUCCAGUUGUACUUCAGAAGUAGAAAGCUGAUGCAGGAACAUAAGUUAGCUUUGAAGGAGAAGAGAGAUGCUGUUAUAAAGAUUCAACAAUGGCAUCGUGCUUGUUCAGCAAUGAGAAAACAAAGGGUUCAGUACGUCGAACUACGAACAGCUGCUCGAAGAAUUCAAACGUAUUACAGAAGUAGGAAAAUUAUGAAGGAACACCAGGAGGCAUUUAAUGAAAAGAGAAUUGCAAUUUUAAAGAUUCAACAAUGGUAUCGUGCUUGUUUAGCAAUGAGAGAAGAAAGAAUUCGGUACAUUAGGUAUCAAAUGUCUGCCCAAAAGAUUCAAGCCUAUUAUAGGAGUAUAAAGUUGAUGCAACAAUAUCGUAAAACAUUUAAGGUGAAAAGAGAUGCAAUUUUAAAAAUUCAGCAAUGGUAUCGGGCAUGCUUAGCUAUGAAAAAACAAAGAAUAAUGUACGUCAAGCAACGAACUGCUGUCCAAAAGAUCCAGAUGUACUAUAGAAGAAGAAAGGUGAUCCAAGGACAUAGAAAAGCUUUUAAGGAGAAGAGAGAUGCUGUUGUGAAGAUUCAGACAUGGUAUCAUUAUGCUAUGCUUAUGAAACAAGAAAGGGAACACUAUUUAAAGCUGCAUAGCAGUACUAUUAAGAUUCAAACCUGGUUUAGAGCAACUAUGCUUAUGAGGAAGCAGAGAAGUCUGUAUUUGAGACAAAGAAAUGCUGUGAUUAUAAUACAGCAGAGGUACAAGGCAUUAUGUUUACGUCGUAAAAUGGAGUUUGAACAUCAUUUAAAAGAGAUGUCUGCUUUAAAAAUACAGAGGUGGUUCAGAAAUGUUUUGAUUCAGCGACAACUAAGACUUCAAUUCUUGGAGUUGAGAAAAGAAAGAGAAACAAAGCGAAUUCAUUCUAUUGCUGCUGUGAAGAUUCAAGCAUGGUAUCGUACAUGUGUUAUUGAAAGAAAAAGAGUUGAGAGCUCCAGACAAGGAGUAAUUUUAAGCAGCACAAAUAAAUCUUUACAUAACAAAGAAAAUUUGCCGAUUAUUUGUGAACCAAGAGAAAAAGCAGCUGUCAGAUUAAUUGAAAAAUGGUACUACUCUAUUCUUCAAAAGAAAGAAGAAGCUAAGCGGCUGGAGUUUGAAAAACAGCUUGAAGAGCAACAACAACAAGCUAUUCUCAGAAAUUAUGCUACAAAAAUUCAGGCAUGGUGGCGAGGCAUAAGAGUAAGGAAGAAAGUGAAUAUCAGUCAUGUUCUCCCCCAUAUUGAGACUUCAAAAUAUGUCUUGGAUGAAAGAUUUUCUUUGAGAACUGUGUAUUCAAAAGCUCUGUCAUCAUUUCAGUCAAGCCCGUCUCUUUCCUACACAGUCCUUUUGAAUGCUGGGCUAUUAAUUGAAUCUGCUGUAAGACUUUCUCCAGAAAUAUGUAAAGAAUUUUUAUCUAGUUCUCAUUUGGAUACAGUGAUUCUGUUGCUGGGAGCUAUGAAUCGUUCAUUGCCAGCGGAAAAUCUAAUAUGUGUCCUGCUCAAAACACUAACACAUGUUUUGCGCCAUCCUUUCGGCAACCAACGUGUUCUGGAGAAUGAGAGGACUAUCCCUUGUUUAGUAGACUUGACUGGUAUUUGGUGCACAAAGAGAACAGAAGAAACGUUCUGUCAUGUGUGUACAGUGUGGUGGCUGCUUGCUCAAGAUUGUAAUACUGCUCAGGGUCUUCUUCAGCAACUCCAA